GGUGUGUAACCGAUACAACGGGAAUGCAGCACAUGGCAGGCGUCAAAGGCGCGCGGGCGCUGGCCAAAGCCAAGCCGCCAAUAAGACCAGAAUGGAGUGUUGGUGAUAAUAGUGACAUAUAAGUCGUUUUGGAGGGUACAUUGUAUGCGUUUUUUAGGACUGUAAUAACUCUGAUCCAAGCGAGCAGAAGUUAUCUGAAUCGGAGCUGGCAGCCAGAAAAGUGCAGCGACACUCCAAGCAUUUGGACGAGGCGAAAACAGACUUAUACUUCAAGGCCACUGCCGACAAAUUGGACGAGCGACGGCGAUUGCUGGGGAGGUUGGAGGACAAAAUGAGAACUGAACUCGACGAGGGGCGGGUGAGAGCCGAAGAGACGAUGCGCAAGCAAGCCCAGCUCAACAAACUGUACGAAAACAUCGAAAUCGAUCUCCAGCGGAACGUGACCAAAGCACGAGAACUGGAAGAGCUCGAACUUGGAUUAAGAGACAGAGAAGCUCAAGUGGCCCAGUUGCAACUCCAGGCACUGGAAUGGCAAAAUCAAAGCGAACUCAAUAAGAAGGUUGAAGUGCAGUUGAACCAGCGACAAGCAGAGCUCGAGUUCAAAGAAAAGGAAGUGAGUUUGUUGGGGGAGCGACUGGCCAUGCAAGAAUUGCAUUUGAAAACAGUACAAAGACAACUGGACCAACUGGAGAGGGAAAUCGACGGCGAACGAGUGAGGAUGGGACGACUCCAUACUGACGAGACUCGCGCUUGGAGAGCACAGCAACAAAUCGAAGCUCUGGAGCUAGAAAGGGCUCGAGAUCAAUUUCAGAUGGAGCAACAGAUUUCAACUGAACGGCUCCAACAAGCUGAAUUGCAAAUUCGAAAGGCAGAAACUCAAUUGGCCAGCGAUCAAGCAGCGAUAACCGGUCAAUUAUCGGCCCUUCAGAACAAGACCAUGGCGCUGCAGCAACGAGAGUUUGAGCUAAACUUGCUACAUGAAGACAUUUUGGGUCGGGAAAGCCGCCUUUUGGGCAUCAGGGACGACUGGCAGCGAGCUCAAGACGAGCAGGCGAAAGCGUGGGCUACAACUCAAGCCGAGUUCAAAGCCAGAGAAUGGCGACUGCAAAUAUUCGCGGCAGAUGCCGAAGCGCAAGUGGAAAUCACAGCGAAGAAGCAACACAAGUUGGAUGCAAAGCUUCUCGAGAUGGAGCGAGCGUUAGGAGCUGGCGUCAUCUUGUGACAAUCGCAUAUAGUAGUUCCGUAAGA